UCGAACCUUUCCCCAUCCGCAGGCGGUGGCGAUGGCGAUGGCGUCGGCAAUUCCGCCCCCUUCCCUAGCGAGCGAGUGUGAGCCCCAUCUGCAUGCGCCAAAUCCUUUCUCCAUGGAGCGCUGCGACGGGGAGAUCCCCGCCAAGCGACCCAAGCUCUCCGAUGGCGGCGACGGCUGCAGCGAGGACCGCCUCAGCGCGCUUCCCGAAGACAUUCUCAUCUGCAUCCUCAUCAGGCUCGCCAACGCCGCCGUCGCGGCGCGGACCAGCGUCCUGUCCAGUCGCUGGCGCCGCCUCUGGGCGCUGCUCCCGCAACUCUUGUUUCGCUCCUCCACUGGUCCCCACGGCAUCCGCGCCGCCCUCCUAUCCCAUGAAGCGCCGGCCCUGCUCCGCCUCGUCGUCGACUUACGGGACGCCUCUCCCGAGUCCGUCGCGCUCUGGCUUCCAAUCGCCGCGCGCCGCCUCCACGGCAAUCUGUUCCUCAUCAACGUGGUGCGGCAGAACCAGAGGGGGCACGACGCUGCGGAAGGAGGCGCCUUUGAGCUGCCCUGCUUCGAGAAGGCCACCUCGAUCAGCCUGGGACUAGGGUAUCUCGGCCUCUCGGUGCCGCCAUUAGGCGUAUUCGCCCGACUCACCAGCCUCUUCAUGUGUUGCGUCAGGCUACAUGGUCCGUGCUCUCUCGGUGAUGCUGUCUCCUCAGCCCGCUGCCCGGCCUUACGGAAACUCACCGUGUAUCAGGCCUGGGGUCUAGGCAACUUUGCAAUCCACUCGGAUUCUCUUCUAGAAAUCGACCUGAAGCAUCUGCAUGGCUUGGAGCAGCUCACUGUCAUGGCGCCGGCACUCAAACGGUUGUAUGUGAUCUGCUGUCUUUCUAAACCUUCCAGUAUUGCAAACAUCUCCGCCCCUCAGCUGGUGUCCCUCGAGUGGGCGGGUUAUUAUGAUCCAAGAUUCACGCAGCUCGGCAAGAUGGACAAUCUACAGCGGCUGCGCACAUCCGAUUUUCUUGUGUAUGGACACCAUGACUUUGGACAUGAACUGAAUAGCAAUUCUCUGAGGCUUCUACGGCGCUUUGAGCUCAUCCCAAGACUGAGUUUCAUGCUUAUCUAUGUGCCGAACAUUGCUAACACACAGUACCUGAUGGAAGACAUUACAAGGCUCCCGAACAUUGCACACAUGGCACUGACUAUAAAGCCAGAAGGACAUUUCUUUGGAGCCAGUGUGUUCCAUGUUCUCAAGAUGUGUACUGGUGUCAGAAAGCUUGUACUUACACUUAUUAGCGCAGCUCACCACCCCGAGGUACAGACUGCAUGCCCAUCAGCUUGUGUUUGCAAUCAGCAAUCAAACUGGAAAACCGAGGGACUUGUACUGAAUCGCCUUCGAGCAGUAGAAAUCCUUAACUUGAGAGGAACUGAACAUGAAGCUGCUCUUGUGAAACGGUUAUUUGAUUGGGCAACAGUACUAAAAAAGGUGACAGUAACUUUCCAUCGAUCAGUCGCUGAAAGCACCGCCAAGGAGUUCUGGCAGAUACUACGAACCUUCUCUAGGCCAGAAAUACGUAUGAAGGGGCCCCAUUUUGCCCAAUGGCGUGGUGACGUUCUCUAAGAACUAAGUGUGUCUGAAACUUAACCUGUACUGCUGCUUCUCCAAGAACACUUAGCAUGUUCCAGAAGACUAAGUCAGCUUAUCGCUUACGCUUGUGGUCAUUUUGUAGUACAUGUAUCUCAUGUCAGUACCAAUUGCCCAUUGUGCACAUCAGAGUCUGGUAGACCAGCCUUUAUCAAUUGCACUCUUUG